AUGUGGUGGUGCUUUGGGGGGUCCACCUUCUGUGCUGUGUGUCUUCUCGCUCGAGUAAAAUGUGCUUCCGGGUUUCAUUUCUCUUUCUCCAUCAUCGCUGGAAAGGUGAAGUUUAUUUUGUGGAUAUUUGAAUCCAUUGAUACAAACACGGUUUGUGUAGGCGGUGAGAUGAAGAUAUGUACGUACAUUGUGGAGUCUGAGAGAAGGAUCUGCGACAUCUCUAUUUUUCUUUUUGCUUCGUCCAAUGGUUCCACAACAUAUCGAGAAGCAAGAGGAGAACAAAAAGAGAGGUAUUUGCAGAGCCAAGCAAUGCCUUCCUUUUCCCGCCUCAGUCCUGCCUCAUGCAUCAACAUCUACAGAUAUGAUGUCAGGGACACUCAUUUAGAGCGCAUAAACUCCCUCGUAUCGUUCUCUCCCCCGAUCAUCACCUCAACAAACUCAACUGUCCCCAGCCCCCUCCCCAGAGAUGAUGUUCCGAUCGCGACUACUGCACUCCAUCCGUCACGCCUCCCAGACGACGCUCACAAAAGCAAAAAAAUGAAGCACCCCAAAAACAAUGAUACGCAAAAAAAGGCUCGCCAAAAACAGACAAGGCUAGCCAGAAUGAGGCCGUCUACCAAGCUUUUAUAG